AUGAAUUUCCACUUUCACAUUACGGUUAAUCAACCACAGCCUGUUAUUAAUAUGAAUGCUAAUCCAACUAUCAACAAUAUUAAUCCAAAUAGUUUUCUUUCACCAAGCCAUCCUGCGACAUAUGCAUCUCCAGCUUAUGGUUUAAGUAUGGGCUCAAUGCCUGGACCAAGUCAAUAUCAUGCUUCCAACAUGCAUUCUGAUCAAAUGCCAAUGGGAUUUAUGGCUGCGGACAACAUGGAAAAUAUGCGGAAAAUGUUUAAAGUUUGUGAAGUGUGUGGUGAAAUCAAUCACGUGAACUCCAACAGCUGCAUUCGUACUGGUUGUCCUCGUAAUCGAAUCAAACGAUAA